AUGGCUACUCCUGAUUUCGAGCUGGGCGACUCAACAAACAAUGUCUACGACUAUUUUGCCACAAUGGCUGGUGAGAUUGAUGGUGGAGAUCAUAGUGACCGUUUCGGACAAUCUGCGCCUGCGAUUACAAAGGCAAUGAUUGCUCAAGGGUUGAGUGACUUUUUAGAUGAAAAUGACCUGUCGGAUGAUCACGCAGUCGAGAUGUCAGAUGAUGAAGGGAUUUCUAUGGGACGGAUGCAGCAUGAUGAAGAUGAUCCUGAUGAUCCUGACAUCCGAGCUGGAACUGGCAGGGAUCGAAAGCGUUCUCGACAACAUGUUGUGAAUGAGGAAUGGUUCCCGUGGCCAGAUAAAAUUACAUGUACACUUGAUAUUCUCAUGCACCUCCCACGUUCAGUUUUUUCAGAGCGACAAAUUGAUAUCUUGCUGUGGCUACUUCGGGUCAAUAAUGUAGAUGACGUGCCUUCUGUAAAGUCUGUCAAAUGCAUUGAAGACACAAUUCAAAGAUUGUGUGGUAUACGCUCGAUUCCUUAUGAUGGCGCUCUUGGGCAUAGGUACUAUGUUAACUCAUUGGCUGAUCUUAUUCAGCAGGUAUUUCGCCCGCUGCUGCACUUUUACCCUGAAGAUGCUGGUACGAAACUAAAUGAAGCUUGGCAAGCCAAACACUGGCUCGAGGAACUUGAUCCGGAGCUACUUACACCUGUUGUUCGACUGCAAAAUCAAGAUUUCUUCAUUUUCGAGCCUGCAUUAUUAACCAGCGGCCAAGCCUGCAUGCCGUUUCGCUGGUUCAUUCGUUGCAAGAAAAUGUAUGCUAGGGCUUGGCGGUUGCAGCCAGUUGCUCGUGAAAUGAAUUGCGGGUGGAUCGUACAACAAUUUCAAUCAUUCGAGGUAUCAGAAGACGAUCUCCUUGUAUCAUUCAAAAACUGGGAUUCAAGUGGUGCAACAUCUGGACUACCUCGUGCAUGCCAUAUAUAUGGCAUUGAACGUGAACUGGAUGGCGAACUACAGCCAUGGACAUUGACUAAUCCUGUCGAAGGCAAUCAAUGGCGUAUUCGGGCUUCUGGUGCUCGUGUAUAUGCAAUGCCUAUCUGGUUAUACUGUGACGACACAUCAGGCAACUUAUCGAAAAAGUGGAACAAGCAUAAUUCCUUUCUUUUUACGCCUGCAGGAUUACCACGAACAGCAGUCCAUCAAGAGUACAAUGUUCAUUUUCUUUGUACUUCGAAUCUUGCCCCUCCGCUCGAGAUGUUGGACGGCAUUGUCGACCAACUGGAAAACGCAUGGGAGCAUGGCAUCUGGGCCUGGGACUGUGUCCACGAAGAAUAUGUUCUUGUCAUUCUGUCAGUAUUGGCGUUGCUCAGAGACAACCCCAUGCAAAGUGAGAUGGCCUGUCACAUCGGUUCAAUGGGAAAGUAUUUCUGCCGGAUUUGCAAAGUUAAGGGUCAUGGUACAGUGGCGAAGGAGAGUAAUUCUGCGCAAGAUACCACACGAGCCGAAGAUCACGAUAACAACAUAGCCGAGGAGUUUAGUGGAAGUGAGUACGAGACUCUGAGCGACGGACUCAUAGGAGAAGCACGCUGCAAGGACGAAACUGUAGCUGAACUUAAGUCAAUGUUUGUUGAUGCAUCAACGGUUGGGAACCAGACCAGGAUCAAGCAAAGGAAGACCGCCACUGGCAUUAAAGACACUUUCCUCGAAUCGUUUUUGAAUUGCCUCGCUCAGUCAUACAGCAAAAUUCGUGGAGGCAAUAGUGUGAAGCAGGAAGCACUCAACAGGGUAAAAGAGACGUUGCCCGCAAAUGUCAUCAGUCCAGUGUGGCGAGUCAAAGGUCUUGAUCCUCACACGGACACGCCCGUGGAGAUUCUCCAUACUGUCCUUCUGGGAUUUGUCAAAUAUUUUUGGCGUGAUGCCAUCUCAAUACGGAUUGGACAAAACAAGUUGAAGCGUGAGCUUUUGGAGACUCGCCUCUCCUCUGUUAAUGUUGCAGGUCUUGGACUUAGCAAUCUCAAUGGCCACACGCUAGUUCAGUAUGCAGGAUCUCUUGUUGGUCGUGAUUUUCGUGCCAUUGCACAGAUUGCACCCUUCGUCCUCCACGACUUGGUACCAAAGGAUUGUUACGAUACCUGGGUCGCACUGUCAAAUCUGAUGCCACUCAUUUGGCAGCCUGAAAUCGAUGAUUGCACAGAUCAUCUGAACAAACUCACAGUCGCCAUUGACAACUUUCUCGCAUGUACUGCCAUGUGGACCCCUCGAUGGUUCAACAAAUCCAAGUUUCACAUAAUAUUACAUGUUUCUUUUGAAUCAUUUAAUGCAGUCAUCCGAGCAAAGAGCAUUCAUUCGAACCAUUGUGCUCCUUCUCGGGAUAUUGCACAUUCUUUUGCUCAUGGAAGUCGUAUCCGCCAUAUCCUCUCUGGAGCACGAAUACUUAUCCGUGAUCCCAAUACCAAAGCCCACAACUCUGAGUCUAACAGCCCUGUCCAGUUCGAAGUCUCCAAUUCUUCGUCAGACAUACAUGGACUACCCAAGUCAGAAGUCAAUGUUGUCGUUGGAAAGGGCCCAUUGACUCUCAUUCGACGACCAAAUAUUAUCACAGAUUAUCUUGGACUUGACACUCUACAGGACACUACAAAAUAUGGCCAGUGCAUUCGUGAUAGCCUACCACUCCGAACAUACAUGGCUACCGAGACAGGACAACAUUUCCCUGAUGCACUUGCAUCACUUCCACGUAAUAUUCUGGAAGGAAAUAAUUUCCGAACGUGCAAGUCUGUUGUUCUUUUUAAUGGAGAUAUUUGUAAAAUUGGAGACUGGGUCCUUGCAGUCAAUCACACUGCAGAACAGUCUCCCAUAGUAGCAUGUGUCCGAGAACUGAUUCAGCGCAAAGAUUCUGAAGCAGAUAUGUGUCUACAUCCAGAUGCAAUACUUCUCGAAUGUGGCAUUAUUGGUGAAUCAGUUGCAUCCUACUCGAUGCCUGCUGUAAGGCCACAUGGGGGAUUUUUACUUUAUCCUAUUGAGCAAAUUUUAUGUACAGCAAAUCUGCAACAUCAAUGUCAACUGCACAAAUGUGCAGCAUCAGGCACUGAUUUCAUUUAUGAAGAACGUGUCAAGACUUCAAAAACAAAGCUUGCGAUACAUCAUAGUGGGGAUCCUGGUGAUCUCAUACUCAACACUGCGCAAAUGCAUAAUGCAAAGCACAUGCAGGGUGCUGCGAGGGAAAUUCGGACACGUACUAAUGACACCACAAGUGGAGCACCCUUGACAUCUACCUCAGUGCGUGGACGAGGUGGACGAGGUCGCCAAGUUAAUACAUCAUUACAACAGCAUAGUCAGGUACAGUCUGUAUUACAAGGAUGA